AUGCCUCGCUUUGAUGAUGACGCUGCAAGCGUCGUCAGCUCAUCAGCAGGAUCUGUUAUUGCGGAGAGGAAAGUGCCUGCCGUUAUCGCAAACAAAACCAAGGAAGAGCUGCAGGUGUACGUGUUGGACCUCUUGAAAAAGCUAAAAAUCCGCGACAAGCGCAUUGAAGAACUAAGUGUCAACAAGGGAGGCUCGACAUCCGAGGGUUCAUCAGGGGUUGACCAUGGCGGUCUCGCGUCCCUGGUGCGGCGCGCUGAGGCGGCGGAGGCAGCUGCCCGCGAGGCUACGGAGGCGAGCAGUGCUUUGCGGGCGGAGCUGGCUCUGACUAAGGACUCAAUGGCGGAGGCGCAGGCGCGGGCUGAGGAGGCUCUGACCCAGUUGGCAGGGGCCCAGCGGGAGGCUGAGGCGCUGGUGGCUUCCUCCAGGGAGGGGGCCAUGGCGGCGGAGGAGCGAAUGCAGGAGCAUCUGCGGGAGAUGGAGUCCAUGCGGGCGGCUCUGGAUGCCUCCAAGCAGUCAGUUCGGGAGUGGUCGGAGCGCGAGGCGGCCUACCAGCAGCAGCUGGCCUCCCUAAAGGGGGCCCUCAAGGACAUGAGCGCCAAGGACAGGACCAUGACGGAGGAGCGUGAGGAGGCGUUCUCACGGCUCGGGGAAGCCAAGGAGCGCAUUGCCGAGCUGGAGGAUAAGCUGGCGGAAGUGGAGGGCAAGGCGGCGGAGGCCGGGGCCAUCGCCGCAGCGGAGCUGUCUGCUGCACAGACCCGUAUCACGAGCUUGGAGGCGGAAAUGGCCGCCGCAGCGGCGGCGGCAACGGCAGCAGCUGCCGCCGCCUCCGCUGACCUGGCUGCGGUGCAGACGCGCGUCGCGGACUUGGAGGCGGAGUUGUCAGAGUGCAAGGCUGCGGCGAAGGCUACUGCAGAUGCCGCCGGCGCUGAACUUGCAGCCGUGGAGGCGCGAGCCGCAUCUUUGGAGGCGGAGGCGGCUUCCGCCAAGGCCAGUGCCGACGCCGCCGGCUCCGAACUUGCCGAUGCCCAGGCGCGCGUGGCUAGCCUGGACGCCGACCUCUCCACGGCGAGGGCUACGGCGGAGGCGCGCAUUGCCGAUCUCCAAGCUGAGGUGGCGGCCACGGCGGCGCGCGUAGAGGCGCUGCAGCGCGACUUGGCGGAUGCCAGAAUGGCGGCGGCGGCGGUGCCGCCGCCGCCGCCUGGGUCGCCGGCGGCAGUGCUCAGCGGCGGCGGCGCCGCCGCGGAGACCAUGGCGCUGCGCGAGGCACAGGCACGGAUAGCGGAGUUGGAGGGUGAGUUGAUUGCCUCGGCGCGCAAGCUAGCGGAGCAUGAGGAUGCAGCUGUAGCGGCGAUGAAUAAACAGAAGCAGCGGUACGUGGCGCUGGAGGCGAAGCUGACAGCGACGCAGCAGCAGCUGGUAGUUGCGAAGCAGCAGCUGGAGUCAGCCGCCGCCGCCGCCGCUGGCAAUGGCAACGGCACCGUUGCAAAGGGCGUUUGCUCUGAGAACGGCGGAGUGCACGAUGACGCUGGUGCUGAGGACGCCACCAUUUCCGCCGCAGCGGCGGCUGCCAUAGCGGAGGCCCAGGAGCGGCUGCGGCAGGUGGAGGGGCGGCUGGCGGAGAGCACGGCGCAAGUCGAGGAGCUGGAGAAGCAGAACCAGCGCCUGGUUUUGGAGCGCGAAGCCCUGCUGACGUUGCAGGACCAGGCAGCAGGCGAGAUCACUGCCCGGCUGGCGGCCCUUGCUGACAAGGAGCGGGAGCUUGGGAUUAUGCAGGCAAGGGUGGUACUCCGGGACGCGGACGCGCGGCUGGAGGAGAUGCAGGCGAGAUUGGAUGAACACGAGACCGAAAUAGCGGCAGGAGAGGGAGGAGAGGGCGCGCAGGUUUCGGAGCUGCUCCGCGCCCGGGGCCAUUUGGCAGCUCAUAUAGAGGGGCUGGUGGCGGCUGUGGAGGAAAUGGAGGCAGCACAGCGCCGGACCUCGGCUGCGGCACAGGCCCGGGAGGAGGCUGUUGAUGAAGCCUUGUUGCUAGGGGCACAGGGGCUGCGGAGGGGCCCGGUGGUGUCCGCCGCGGAGGAGGGUGAUGGUAUCGAUGCCGGCGCAAGUACGGCGGAGACCGAAGCACCAGCGGAGGUGGCGACCGUGGCAGCAGCGGAGGCUGAACGGCUCCGUGGCGAGCUGGUGGUGGCUCGUGAGGAGCUGCACCAGAAGUCAGCGGAGGUUGCAGCGCUGUGCGAGAAGCUCGAGGAUGCCUCAAACCGGCUGGAGGCCCUGCAGCGCGACAUCCUUGCCGUAAGAGACGAGCGCGACGCCGCCGUUCACGCAUGCGAAGCAGCAGAGCGCGACGCCGCUGCCCUACAGGAUGAUCUGGAGCAGCAGCUUCAGGCGUUGCGGCAGCAGCUCGCGAUUGAGCAGGCGUCAGCGGCGGCAGCCGCCGCAGCUGAUGGCAAUGCCGCGGCAGCGGCCGCAGCCGCUGCAGCAACGCGCCUCUCGGAGCUAGAGACGGAGGUGCGUGAGCUCAAGGCCUUGUUGGACGAUCGCCAAACGGCGAUACAGCAACAGGAGGAGCAGCACCGGCGGCAACUGGAAGACCUUAAGCAACGGCAGCAUGAGGAACAGCUGGCGGCGGCAGCAGCGGAAACGAAUGCAAGGGAAGCAGCAGCCGCGGCAGCAGCAGCAGCUGCUGCGGCGGCAGUGGCGGCCUUGGAGUCCCGGGUUUUGGAGCUAGAGGCAGAACUCAAGCGCGCUUCAGAGGAGGCAGCAGCUCAGCAGCAGCUGCUGAGCGCGGAGGUCGAGGCACAAGUGGUGAAGAAAGAGGAGGAGCUCCGUGCGGCGUGUGAUGCAGCGGAGGUGCUGAAGGACCGGGUUUCGGAGCUGGAAGACGCACAUGGGGCCCUGGAGUCGCGCAGCCUGGAGGCGGUGUCGAGGGCGCAGGAACUGGAGGCCCAGCUGGCGGCAUCUGCGGAGGCGCUGGCCGCGGCACAGGCGCGCGUAGCGGAGCUGGAGGCAGCUGCCUCCGCCGCGGCGGAGGCGGUCGCGGAGCAGCAGCGCGGCGCCGCCGCGGCGGAGGCGGCAGCCGCCGCCAGCUUGUCAACGCGGUUAGGGGAUUUAGAAGCAGAGAAUGACCGGCUAUCGAAGGAGCUCCAGGCAAGGAAGGAGGAGGAGGGCUCACGGGGCUCCAAUUUGGCUAGGGAACCUCUAGCUAGACUGGGCGGAAAAGAGGAGUGGCGCUGCUGGGACCCAGUUCAGCUGCAUCCAAUGGAAGUAGCAUGGCUAGGGAGGCGCCAUACAUGUUUCCCAGAUCUCCUGCCUGAUGCUUAUCGAAUGUCCCUUUACGUGAAACCCAAACAGGAAGCCAAGCGGAAGCUGAUUGCCCUUGCCAAGAAGCGGCAGACGGAGGUAGCGGCGGCGGUUAAGGAAGUGGAGGUACGGCUGGCGGCCGCGGAGCAGGACGCGGCGGCGGCGCGCGCCGAGCUGGUGGCGGCGGAGGAAGAGCGCGGCACGUUGGCGGCCCGGGUUUCAGAGCUGACCGCUAGCGUGGCGGAUCUGACUCGGCAGGUUGCUGCGGCGAAUACGGAGGUGGCGCAGCGGGAUGGCCUACUGCAGGAGUACAAGUCGCUUGCUGCUCAACGUGAGGGAGCCGCUGGGGCGGCGACAGCGCGCAUGGAGCAGGAAGUUAAGCGGCUGCAGCACGAGUACGAGGUGGCUUUGUCCAAGACUCAGUCCAAGCUCCGAGACCGCGAGCUGGAGAUCGAGUCGCUGAAUGUGGCAUUAGGGCGUGCAGAGAAGGAGGCGGCGGCCGCGGCGGCGGAGGCGGCAGAGGCGCGACGCGCGGCGGCGGCAGCCGCCAGCGGCACCAGCGCCGAUGUGGCGGCGGCGCGGGCAGAGGCGGAUGUACUGCGCGCUGACGUGGCAUCCUUGCGGAAGGAGCUGGAAGCGGAGCGAAGCAAGGUGGCCAAGGCUACGGAGGACGCUCGCAAGCGAUGUGCUAAAGCGCAGAAGGCCCAACAUGCGGCAGAGGUGGCUCUGGCGGAGGCUAAAGGCAAGGCGCAGGCUGAGACGGCGGGCGCGCGUGUGGAGUUGGGUCUGGUUCAGCAGCAGCUGGAGGCGGUGAGGCGGGAGAAGGAGGCGGUGGAGACCGAGCUACGGGAUUACAGAAACAGAGCACAGGCUCUGCUCAAGAGCAAGGACGCAGAGAUCGCGAAGGCCCGCGAGGUGGCCUCUACCGCAGCGGCCGCCGCAGAGAGUGAGGAGCUGGCGGCGCUGCGUCACCAGCUGACAGCGGCGCUGGAGGCCGCGGCGGUGGCGGAGCGUGAGGGGCAGGAGUCGCUGGAGAGGUCGGCAGCAGAAGCAGCGGAGGAGAUUGAGCGGCUGCGGCUGCAGGGCCUUAUGCAGCGAGCUCAGGCUUCCGCGGAGGAGUACGGCAGGCGUGUGGAGGCGCUUGAGGCCCGGCUGGCUCACCACAGCGCGGAGGGCGAGGCGGGGAGGAGGGCGGCCGAGGCCCUGGAGGCGGCGGAUGCGCGGACGAAGGCCCUCAUGGAGGAGCUGGCUUCGUGUCGCGAGGAGCUCCGUUCCUUCAAGGCCUCCAGCGAGGCGCUGAUGGAGGCUAAGGACGCCGAGGUGCUGACACUGGUGCGCAGGAAUGCCGUGCUGCAGGAGGACGUGGUGGCAGCAAGACAUGCCCUGGCAGCUGCGGAAGCCGUCGCCGCCGAGGCGCAGGCGGCCGCCAAGGAGGCUUGCGCGCAGGCAGACGCCGCCACGAAGCAGCUGGAGGCACGGGCGAGGAGGGCAGCUUUGUUGGACGACGAAGACCGCCUGCAUGCGGCCGCCCUGGAGGCGUACAACCCGCCGCCGGCGACAGGACCAACGGCGCCGCCGCACAGCAGCCAUGGCCGCGCCCACGACUCGGCGUCGCUGCUCACCCAUACGAGCGCUGACGGGCUACCCUCCCUCAUCUCCAGCGGAGGAGCCUCCGGCACCGUCGGGGACAUCCUGGGCAGCCUGAUCCGCUCGGAUGUUCAAGCCCUGCUGGGCUCAGGGCCCGGCGGCGGCAGCGGUGGCGGCGGCGGUGGCGAGGAGCUGCGGCUGCUAUCUCGGGGCUCUGGGUCAGCGGCUGUGCUGCUGCCGCCGACGUCGGCGGGUGAGGCCAUGCCCUCGGCGCUGUCGGUGGGUGACGGUUUGACACCGGUAGCUGUUGCGACGGCCGAUGGCGCGCUGCCGUCGCCAGCGGUUUCGGCCGCGGUCUACGGCCGCAGCGGCGGCGGUAGCGAGGGGGGUGACGCCGUCGCCGCGCUUGCGGUGGCGCAGCAUGAGAACGUUUCCUUGCGAGGCCACGUGGCGGUGUUGGAGCAGGAGGUUGCGGAGUUGGAGAAGGAGGUGGCCUUGCGGGAGGAGAUGGAGCGGGCGCUGAAGGAGAGUGUGCGGGAUCUGGAGCGGGCUAUGCAGCGCCAAGCCAAAGGAUCCAACGCGAUCGACGCCGAGUACCUGAAGAACACGGUCAUCAAGAUGUUCCUGACCGGGGAGGCGGAGAAGCUGCUGCCCGUGUUCGCCACCAUCCUGUCAUUCAGCCCUGAAGAGGUCAAGAAGUGCAAGGAGGGCCUGGCGGCAAUCAAUAGGGGCGAGGUGCCGCUGCCAGCUGCCGCUGCGGCCGUGGAUGCGUCACUGAGCGCCUUUAGCACCAUCACAUCAUGGACUAGUUGGUUGGGAGGAGGAGGGGGGACGGCCAGUGGCGGCGGUGGCGCAAAGCCUCAGCCGCGCACCGCGCACACCGCGCGGCAUCCGCGCCCUAUCAACGCCAACGCAGUGUCAGCUCGGGAUGACUCUCUGGGUUCAAGGCCGUCGGCACUGGGGCCCCACGACCGAUGUAGUCCCUUGGAGCAGUACCCUAUCGCGCACCACCGCACGGGUGGUGAUGAGCUCACGGCGCCGGGCUUCACGGAAGGCCGGCCACUGCUGCCGCCGGAUGGGAAACCCUUCGAUAGCCACCAUAAUCGCCCCGGUGCGGCGGCGGAGCAGCCCCAGCGACAGCAGCAACACCAGCAUCGGCAUCAGGACGAGGGAUCCCCAGCGACCGGCGCUGCGGACUAUCUUAAUGAGCAACAGCAUCAUCAGUUAGAGUGGUCCCCGCAUGCUGGAGUACGAAGACAGCGGCAGAUCCAGCACCGGAACGAACAGCACCAACACCAGCACCAGCAGGACUCGGAUGACGGGAUGGCGGCGCCACGUCUAGCGCCAUGGCUCUUAGCAGACUACUACGACACGGCUGACCCAACAGCGUCGCACGCAGCUACCACCGCCAAUGGCACCAUCGCAAAAAGGACCCCGUGCAUGCCGCCGAUCCCGUUGCUGGCCACAGAGGAUAGCGGGACUGCGCCAUUUUCUUGGGCCAGAAGCAGCCUUCCCAGCCCUGUUGGGACACUGCUGGCGUCCCUGGAGGUGUCGCGCGAGGCGGAUGCGGACCACUUCGAGCCUGAACAGCGCCGAGCAGGUUACGGAUGCCGAUCCGACAAGGGUGGUCUAGGCGCGUCGGGCCAAGCACCAGGGUUCUCUUUGGCUGUCCCUGGGGCACCCCCGAGUACGGCCACGCCGCAGAUCCGGCCGUUAACACCCACGCAACUAGGCUACGCCGCCGCAGCUGCGCCGCCGCCGCCGCCGCCACUGCACUCGCACAGCUUGCACCACUUCCCGUGUCAGCAGCAGCUGCAGCGGCGCCAGGGGGUCCCACAUGGCCCGGGGCAAGUUGCAUCACAGGACGUUAGCAGCGGGGCUGCUGCCUCCCGGCUCGGGGCCGAGCCUGCAGCGGCACCGGCACCGGCGCCGUCCUCCAUGCUCGGCAAGCGGGCUGUGCCAGCCGUCAUGAGCUCUGCUGGCGACAUCCGCAUGCUUCUGUCGCCGCCGGAAUCAGGACGGGAGGACCACUUGCUUUCAGUAGCCGCGGCCGCGGGCUGUUUCGCUUCCUCCCCGACUUCCUGGGCCGGGCUGAGCCCUGCACUUCCGCUCGGACGGCCGAAGGCGACGACUGCGGGUGCCUCAAGGCAAGCGGAGUCGCCGAGUCGGAUCGGCGAUGGCGCCAGCGCCAAAGUUAGUCCCAUUAAGGCUGCCGCGUCCCCGCCGCGUUCCCUACACACCAGCCGCCAUCGCGACCUGUUAGCGUACCAAACGGCUAGGUCGUGCGGCGCCACACCGCCGCCGCCAGUAGGCGAUGGCCAACCAUCCACUCACCAGCAUCAUCAGCAGCAUCAAUCCCGGCGCCACCCGCAGCCGAAGCCUCAACUGCCAGAUCCUGGUCAUGAGCUUCACCACCGCGACCUGCAACCCCUGCAUGUCCAGCAAUCUCAGCAGCGGCAGCAACAGCAGGUACCCCACCUUCGUGACUGCUCACCCGAGCUGCGGCAGAGCGCACCUGACCCGUGCUCCUAUCCCCUCUUCCCUGCGUCCGCGUGUAGCCCUCGGCUACAGCAACACGCCAGGGUCAGGGGUGGCGCCGCCGCCGCCGCCGGAGGCGCAAGCGGCGGGGCUGGGCCGUCUCCGCGGCCCUGGUCGUCAGUGUCCGUGUCCGUAUCCCCCCGGGAUCUUCCGUCGCCGACUUACCUAUCGCAGGUUGUUUCAGGACCAGGAUCCAACAUCCACACGGAGGCCCCACCGCCCAUCCCAGCGGAGUGGCUGGAGGGGUUCGAGGAGCUGCUGCAGCUGCUCUCCCCAUGCCCUUCCGCCACCGCCGACGAGCAAGUCACUUCCAGACAUGGGCUUGGACCUAGGGUCGGGCCUAGGUUUGGGCCUGAGCACGCUGCUGCCGCAACCGCGGUUACCGGAGAUGGCGACGGAAGGAGGCGGCACUCUCCCCGCCCACAUUCGUCACCAUUGUUGUCGCCCGGCAGGCUAAUGGCGGCCUCGUCUGCACAGGAGCCGCGCAGCCAGCGCGAUGCAGUGACCCAGCAGCAGCAGCAUCUACUGAUGCUGCAUCACCACAGCACCCAGACGCGCAGCCAGGCCCCCUUCUCUCAGUACCAGCAGCAGUAUCAGCAGCAUCCAUACCCCCAGCAAGGACCUGCCCCGCAGCACGCACAGGGUCAGGGCCAGGUCCCGCGGCCCUCACCGCUGGCCCCAGCACAGCUGUCGCCCAAGCACCAGUCGCUGCCGCUGGCAACGGGGGAGCCGAGCGUGCGAGCGCAAGGCAGGGAACGGGGGCAGCUCCCCGGGGAGCACGCACCCCGCACGUACAGCCCAGGGCGGUCACAGCAACAGCAGCAGCAGCAGCCGCAAAGGGCGCAACAUCCACAGCAGGGGGGACGGGCUUCCGGCCAGGCGUCGCCGUCUGCGCGCAGCGGCCUCACCCCUGGCGGUCUAUUCCGACGCAACAUGCCUGCAGCGGCGGAAUCGACUUUACCGCCGCAGCAGCACGCAGCUGCUGACAUUGGUGCCCCUGGGGUAUUGCCCUGGACGCCGCCUGGCGUGGCGCCUGUGGGCAUGAGGCGUUUCGGCGCCCAGCCGCAGGAAGAGCCCCAUCUGAAGCGGCAAAGGUCGCCAGGGCGCCCGAACUCCGGACAGGGUCAUGGACAUGGCCCGGGACAGGAGCCGGCUUGGCGUGGACUGUGGGGACACGAACCGCCGAAUCGCGGCAAUGGCCGGAGCGGAGCACCUGGAGCCGCUGCUAACCCUGCCGCUGUCGCCAGCGCGUCUCAGCAUAAGCAACGGAUACAGCAGCAACCACAAAACUGGGGCCCGCAGCAGCAGCAGCAGUACUAUCAGCACCAUGGGCAGGAACAGCUGCCGCCGCGGGAAUUAGGUAGUGCGCAGCACUCGAGCUUUGACGCGGUCGCAAGCGUCAUCGCGGGGCGACUGCUGCGGGAAGCUGAGCAAAUGGGUCUUGCGGCCACGGCGGCCAAUGGCAGAAGCGGCGCAGGAGCGGGACAUGCGGAAGCAGCGGAGAGCGGUGGAGUUGACAGCAGCGGCUGCGUUGUUCGGCGACAGCGAGGGCCGGGACAAGGGGCGGCGCUUCUAUCCUCACAACCCGGUGGAGGGCAUGAUAGGGGCCGUGGGACGAAUGCCACUGCCGCCGCCACAAGCGCCGGCGCAUCUUCUGGCUUUCCUGCGGCCGAGCGGAGCCCUGCUGUAGGCCGGGCAGCGGUCAUCGUGGACUGCGGAAUGCCCGAGGCAUCGCCGCGAUUGGAGGCCGUGGAUGAGUUUCUGGGUCGCUGCAGGGACGACCUGGUGCCAAGGAGCCCGGCUCGGGCAACCGGGUCCAGUCCGCCGCGCGCACAGAGCGCUGGCCAUGUUGUGACCCAUAACAUGUCGGACGUGCGGGCCGCGGACCAGAACCGACCAGGCACCGCGGUGGACGCCCGCUGGCACGACCCCGGGAGAUCAGUACAGUUGCAAUCCGUUUGGAAAAACUGGGGAACAGCUGAGAUGCAGACAGAGCAGCCGCCUGAAUGCGCAAAGCCGUCGCGCCAAGAGCAGCUGCAGCGACAGCAACAGCAACAGCAGCGGCAAUUGUUGCUUUCACGGCAGCGCACCGCGAUACUGCAGUUGUCGCAGCGUGUUUUCGCAGGCUGGCGCCGCCAGGUGGUGAUACGGCGGCUAUGCUUCGGCCUAGAGUUUCGACGCGGUCAGCGGCUACAGGCCGAUGUGCUCAGGGCAUGGGAAGACGUGACGCGGAAGCAGCAGGCGCGCCGCCAGAGCGCCUGGGCCACGCUGGCGUCACUGAGGCUGCUGCGCCUGCUGCGUAAAGCCUGGCUUGCAUGGAAUCGCGCGCAUACCACCAGCGUCCAUGAGGCACGUGGGGCAGUGGUCCAUUACGCGCGCAGCUUGUUGGCUCGUGCGAUGCGCGGCUGGAUUACUCGUUGGGCGCAGAGGGCAUCGGUGCGGGUGCUGCUGAGUCACCGCACCACUGCCAUGGCGCGGGCUUGCCUAGCAGCCUGGCGGGAGGUCGCCCUCCGCUCAGCGCUGGAGGCCGCGGAGGCUACCGCUGCGGCGGCGGCGGCGGCGGCGGAGCCGCAGACGGCGGGAGUAGAGGCAAUGGGGGCCUGGGCUUGGGACGGCAGUGGGCGGCCAUCGCAGCCUACGUAUGCGCAUUUGCGUCACAGCCUGCAGCACCAGCAGUGGCCGCCAGGGGACCAGACGCUGCAGGGAUACCCCGAUAAAAAGGUGCCAUCUGAUAACACGCAGCAUGGGCAGCACAUGCAGUUGGCGGGUGCUUCCCCGCUAGGUGCGGCGGCUGAAGCUUCAGAGGCGCGGGCAGGGGGGCCCCACCGCUCGCUGGCGACAUGGAUGGAGACCAAUGAGGAAGGGGAGGAGGAGGCGGAGGAGGGGGAGGACGAUGAGGUGCAGGAGCUGGAGUACGGGCGUGGCGUGUAUCGCGCGCUGCGGCUGAGGAACUGUUUCCGGGCCUGGCUGCUGCUGACGGACGCGGCGAUGCAGGUCAUGUCGCAGCAGCAGGCGUUGCGCCACGUCAUGCAUGAGGAGCUCCUCCAAGACGCUGCCCUGUGCGCCGCCGCCGCCGCCAUCGCGCGUCACCGCUACCUAGCACCUGCCCUUCACGCUUGGAGAGCGCUGGUCGCCGCCGCGGCCACGGCCGCGACGCCGCCGCUGACGUCACAGACGUCGGCUACGAGCGCCAGCAGUGCUGCCCGCGAGCCGGGACCCCAGGUGAACACCACAAAGGGCCCCGGAGAGCAGCCACAGCCGCAAAACCUCCCGCCGAUGGUGAACGCGAUGGGAGUCAGGAGGGAUCCCAUGGCGGCAGCGGUGCUGCCGCCGCUGCCGCCGCCGCCGCCACCAUCCCAACGCGGAGUCGUUGUCCCAUGGGUCGCAGGUGGUAGCGCGGGCCUGGGUCCAGGCAGCGGUCCGCAUUUUCACGACACUCGAGUGGCUGCUACCGCCGGCGCGAUUGCAGGCACGGAUCGGCUUGAUGUCCAGCGGUCCAACGGUGGCGGAGGCAACAGCAGCCGCAACAGCAGCGGUGGCAGCGACGCCAGCGGAGCCAGCUUCGAGUUCGCAAGGCCUGUGCCGAACCAGGCUAGACACCAGCCGCAGCAGCAACAGCAGCAACCAGCGGGCGGCACACAACUUGGUGUAUUGGAGGUGACACCUCGGGCCGCCGCUGCGCAAGCCGCUGGGGGUAUCCGGCGCAGCAUCGACCCCAACCUUCUGCAGGACCCGCCCCUAGCAUGCUCCCAGCCCUGUGCCCCGGUCCCUGACCCGCAACCCAUUGUUUCCACGGCCGGAGCGUGCGCUCAAGGCCACGGCAGCAUGCAGGGCGCCGCUGCAGGCUUCCGGUCAAUUAGCAAUGCUGGCAUAGCCGGAACCCCAGCACCGAGCGGCGUGCCGGGCCUCGGGUCGGGCCCUGGCCUCUCCCAGAGGACCAGCGCGGGCGGUGGGGGGCCCAGUGCGCCCAUGAACACGCCUCCUAGCGUGCACGCGGCGCGGCUGGUUCAGAGCCGAAGCGGCGGCGGUGGGCCAGACCAAUCUAGCGGCAGCAGCGGCGGUGGUGGCGCCGUUAAUCCGUCCGGAGGGGACGAUCUAGCUGGAGGGCGGGCGGUGUUGGAGGAGCUGGCACCGGACGCAUUUCUCGAGCUGCUAGAGUCAGAUCUGGCCUGGUACACGGAGCAGUACCUGACGCCACCGCAGCCUGGGAGGGGCAGCAGAGCAGCGACGCGAAGCGACGGCGGCAGCUCCAGCGGGGGUGGCGGUGGCUUCGGCGCAACGCCAGUGGUAAUGAGCGGCUCCUAUGAUGGGCAAACACCAGCACGAGCGGUGACGACGGCGACUACGACAGCGUCGGCGGUCACGGCACCAUUGCCACUCACGGCCGCGGCCGUGGCGGGAAAUGUUGGACUGCGAACCGAGGUAGCGGCGGGUCUAAGCCCGAUGGUUGUCGUGGCAACUGGAUGCAUGGCGGGCACGCCGCCGCCGGCGGCUGUAGCGCACCAGCCAGUGUCAGCUCGCGUGCCGCUGCUGUCAGGGCCACUGGCGGAAGGUGGUUGGGACCCGUCAGCAGGCCCGCCAGGCCAGGGGAGCGCUAUCCAAGCCCCUAGUGGCGGUGACUGCGCAGUCAUGGGCGGCCGCGUGCAGAGCAGGCAGGCGGUGCACAACGAGCAGGGCCACGGCCGUCCCCCUUCCGGUGUCAUCUGGUAUCCGAACCCAUCCUUCGAGGAUGAAGACCAGUCGCAGGAGGACCAUGUUGUCACCUCCAGCACUUCAUUCGAGGGGGCGGUCGCCAACCAUUAUGGAGGUGACGCGGUAGCAGAGGAACACCCGCAACAAUCACAGCUUUUAUUAUCGCCGCCGCCACAGCAACAACAACAGCAGCAACCUCAGCAGCUCUACCCACAAAUGCAAAGCUCUGGUGGCGGUUGCAUGGCGGCCCAGGAUGGCGCACAGGGGCAACCGCCCCGUGCGGACAGCAAACUGGGUCGACGAGUGGGGUCUGGAUUUCGACGCAGUAUCGGCAGCGGCGCCGACGGCAGUGGCGGUGAGCUGCCGUUCAACGACAGUGGGCCGUGGCCACCGAUGGGGGCCUACGUGGCCUCUCCAGUGGCCAGCGAUGACGACAUGCCGUAUAAACGAUAUGUCGCCCUUCCUGGAGACUCGGGGCUGCUGCGGCUGCGGGGUGACAGCUGGCAGCCGGCCGAGAGGAAUUAA